AUGAGCCCGGAAGCAUUGGCCACAGCCGCUGGUGCAGCCCAGGCUGAAACUGGCAACGCAGUCAUGGCUGCGGCUGAGGCGGCCGGUUGCAACGUCUCGGCGCUGAUGGGGGGUCAGGGUGCCGAGACUGAAGGUGCAGAAGAGAUAUCUCCAGCCGAGGCCUGGCGUGCCAUGGCCGCUCUGGAAGAGCAGCUGGCCCGGGAGACCGACUUCUCCGAGGAUGUCAAUGUGCGACAGGCAUCAACACUGCUGCGGCAGAUGCUGACGACGGCCGCUCACGAGAGCAAUCCGGCUCUCAUUCAGAUGGCUCAGGUUAUGGUGCCCGACUUGAAAAAGAUUUGGGGCUUCGAGCCUACGCCUGAUCCUGAGAUUCCGGACGUCUAA